AUGGCCAACAGAGAUGGCGGCCAAGGGCAGAAGGGGAGUCAUCAGGACUUUCGGAGCCUUCAAGCAAAGUUCCAGGCCUCUCAGCCCGAGACCGGCAAACUCCCCAAAAUAUCCCCAAAGCCCGAGUUCAACAAACUCCUCAAAAAGUUUCCACAGCCUGAGCUAGGCGAGCAUCCCAAGAAGCCCCCCCAGCCUGAGUUCACUGAUCUGCCCAAGAAGCCCUGCAAACUUGAGUUCAGUGAACUCUCCAAGGUCCCACAGCUCAAGGCCACUCCAUUCCCCAGGAAACCCCUGCAGCCUGAGCUUAGCCACGCCCCCAGGCCCCCCAUAGGGCCCAAGUUCGGUGCUUUCCCCAGGAAGUCCCAGCAGCCUGAGUCCAAUGAGGCCACCCUGAAGCCCCCCCAGCCCAAGUUCAGUACCGUUCCCAAGAAGCCUCCGCAGCUUGGGGUUGGUGGUCUCCCUGAGAAGUCCCUGCCGCAGCCCGAGUCCACUGAGGUCCCCCCAAUGCCCCCUUCAAAGCCCGAGUCCAGUGAGCCCCAGUCUCACUCCUCACAGCCCAACUUCAGUACAGUCCCUGGAAAGAUGCCACAGCCUCCGCUGAGUGACCUCCCCGAGAAGUCCCCGCGGCCUGAGUGUGGUGACCUCCCCAGGACGUCCUCGGGGCCCAAGUGCAGCCUGCUCCCCAAGGAGUUUCUGCAGCCCGAAGGGCAGGGGCCGCUCUGCAAGUCCUCGCAGCCCAAGCCCAGAUCUCUGCCCAGGAAGCACCCGCAGGCUGAGUUCUUCGGUGACCUCCCUAGAAAACCUCCACUCCCUGGCUCCCGUUCAGAGAGCUCACUGCCCACUGCCGUUGCAGGCUCCAGCCCUAGGUUCCCACUCAGCCCAGGGUUUGGAGCCAGGCAGCAGAGAUCUGGAGCCCUCGCUCGCGGUGGAGGCUCGAGGCUGGGCCUCAAACCUGGCCACCCACCCCGGCGGAGGCCUCUCCCUCCUGUCAGCAGCCUGGGCGCCCCUCCAGCCAAGCCCCCACUGCCCCCAGGCCCCAGGGACGUCCAGAGAUUUCGGAGGACCUUGGCAGCAGGCACAGCUCUGCGGAGGAGCUCUUCUGCCGACUUUCGGCCUCGACAGCCUGAAGACACUCCACAGAACCCAGAUGAGAUCUACGAGCUGUACGAUGACGUGGAGCCCACAGACGACUCCAGACCCAGCCCCAAGGGCAGAGAUGAAGUGCUGUCUACCCAGAAACCCCCCAGGAGGCCACCACAAGACCAAGAGCCCAGGAAGGAGAAGGGCCCCCAGCCACAGCAGUUGCCGCCCACGGACCUGAAGUCUCUGAAGCAGAUCCGGAAGGCAGAGAAAGCUGAGCGGGAGUUCCGGAAGAAGUUCAAGUUUGAGGGGGAGAUUGUGAUUCAGACAAGGAUGAUGAUUGACCCCAACGCGAAGACCCGUCGCGGGGGUGGCAAGCACCUGGCGAUUCGGCGUGGGGAGAUCCUGGAGGUGAUCGAGUUCACCAGCAAGGAGGAGAUGCUGUGCCGGGACACCAAGGGCAAGUAUGGCUACGUGCCCAGAACAGCUCUACUGCCCCUGGAAACAGAGGUGUAUGACGACGUCGGUUCCUGGGAUCCUCUGGAUAAUCAACCAUUCCCCGGGGGACGAUAAGGCCUACAGGGGUGGGGACCCAGGACA